AUGCCAGGCGUCGUCGAGCCUCCCUCUGGGGCUCCUAGGCCGGACCUAGGCUUUACUGUCGCGCAUCAGAAGGUUGAGCUUGAAAUUGACUUUGCGACCAAGAGCCUCAAGGGAAAGACCGAGAUCACAAUUCACCCGCAUCACAAGGAUCUUCGCGUAUUACGACUGAACUUCCGGCAAGGCGAGCUCAGACGUCUAAAUGUCAGUGGGAAGGUACCGACGGUCAAAUACGUGGAUCAGUAUGAGACACUCCAACUAUACGGCCCUCACUAUCACCAACGUCUUUCGGCCAAGAUAGACGGACUGCUCAAGACACCGCCAGAGCCCGAUUUGCUCGUGUCUGUCCCGAAAAGCGUUCGAAUCGAUGAACUCGAUCCUUUCUCUAUCGAGGCCCAGGAUCAAAUGACCCUACGCGCUACAGGGGCAGCGGAUGAGGGGGAAGGGCCUUUGAGCUCUAAGGCAGCAGAGACCUCACUUCCGCGGUUCACGGCAUUGACAUUGUAUAUCGAAUUCGUCACCGACAACAUACGAGACGGGCUGCAGUUUGUAGGGGUCGAAAACGGCGACAGACGCUAUCCCCAUGCCUACACAACAAACUCGCUUGGAUACGGAGUCGGUUGCCCGCUUUUCCCGUGUGUGGACGACCCUGCUUCACGUUGCACAUGGGAAAUAUCGAUCAAAUGUCCAUGCACGCUGGGCGAUAUGUUCGAUCGCAAGCUGCGGGAUCAGGCGAAUUUGGGCAGUUCCGGCCGGUCGAAUGCUCGAGGACCAUAUAUUGCCUCGGAUGAUGAGGGAUUGGAUGUAGCGGUUGUUUGUUCCGGCGAUCUUACGGACGAGAUUAUCGACCCGAAGGAUUCCAGCAAGAAAACAGUUUCCUUUGCUUGCUACUCUCCUCUCUCGGCACAGCAGGUUGGAUUCGCAAUCGGUCCAUUUGAGUACGUGAACCUGGCCGAUUUCCGCGAAAGUGAUCAGGAUGAACAGCUUGGUCAAAAUGCGAUUCCUUUGCAUGCGUUCUGUCUCCCCGGUAGGGCGGACGAAGUUCGCAAUACAUGUUUCCCUAUGGCGAAAGCUAUAGACUUCUUCUCACUGUCAUACGGCUCUUAUCCAUUUUCAAGCUACAAGGUCUGCUUCGUAGAUGACUUGCCCGAAGGCACACUGCCAACGGCUUGUCUUUCCAUCUGCAGCAGCCACCUAUUGUUUCCUGAAGAAGUCAUUGAUCCAAUGUAUGAUUCGACACGUACUUUGGUUCAUGCUCUCGCAUCCCAGUGGAUCGGCGUCAAUAUCGUCCCAAAAGAGCCUGCUGAUACCUGGGUCACCGUGGGCGUCUCUUGGUAUAUCACGGACACUUUCAUGCGAAAGCUUUGUGGCAACAAUGAAUAUCGCUUUCGUCUGAAACAGAUGUCCGAUAAAGUCUGCGAUCUGGAUUAUGAACGACCAUCAAUCCAUGACAUGGGAAACAUCCUACACAUAGAUCCUUCUGAGAUCGACUUCAUUGCGCUCAAAGCUCCUCUUGUGUUGUUCAUUCUCGACCGGCGGCUUACGAAGGCAAGCGGAAAAGCAACAAUGUCUCGGAUCAUAUCUCGGCUAUUCUUGAACUCCAGAAUGGGCGACAUACCAAAUGGAGCCGUCACCAGUUCACUUUUCCAGAAGACUUGUGAACGACUUGGUCACGCAAAGCUGGAUGCGUUCUUUCAGCAGUGGGUAUAUGGUGCUGGGUGUCCGCGCUUCCAGGCUACCCAACGAUUCAACAAGAAGAAACUUGUUGUCGAAAUGAUGAUAAGACAAGUCCAAGCAGACCCAUCAAGUACACGUGAUCUCGACAAAAACGCGUUUAUGCGUGACGUCAAAGAAGAGAUACGCAAUGUCUAUGCCGGAGUUGUCCAGCCUGUUUUUACCGGUUCUAUGACGAUAAGAAUUCAUGAAGCUGACGGUACGCCCUACGAACACAUUGUUGAGAUCAAAGAAGGAGUCACCAAGUUUGACAUUCCCUACAACACGAAGUACAAGCGGCUGAAGAGGAACAAGAGGCAGAAGGAGCGUGCAGCUGCAGCAUCGGGUGGUGACCCUAGCGCUGAAGCACAGGAGGACGUCCUGCUCUAUUGUCUGGGCGACGUCUUACAGAGCGAAGAAGAAAUCCAAGAAUGGAGGCUUGCCGAUUGGAGCAAAGAGGACGAAGAGAGAAUGGGACAGGAAUCUUAUGAGUGGAUUCGCAUGGACGCAGACUUUGAAUGGGUUUGCAAGUUAUCACUGGCAAUGCCAGGAUACAUGUAUCUCUCACAACUCCAACAGGAUCGAGAUGUCAUUGCGCAAUUGGAGUCGUUGCAAUACAUGGCGGUUCAGCGCGAGCACCCGCUGAUCUCGUCCAUAUUUGUACGAACUCUUAUGGACCGAAGGUACUUUUACGGCAUCCGUGUGGCUGCGGCUCAAGCCCUAGUCAAGCAUGCCAAGGAAGAAAUCAACUGGCUUGGAUUGUUCCACCUUGAGAGAGCUUUUCAAGAACUUUUCUGUCUCCCGGGGUCUCCGAUGACUCGCUCGAACGACUUCGCCGAUAGAGCUGCAUAUGUACUCCAACUAGUCAUCCCAGAAGCUAUAUCCAAAGUACGCGACAACAAUGGAAAGACGCCAAUGAGGGUGAAGCGCUUCUUGUAUGACAAGUUGAAGUUCAAUGAUAACUCUAAUAAUGAGUAUUCGGACAAUUUUUACGUCGCGACAUUGAUGGAGUCGCUUUGCCACGCGAUGCUGGGAAAAGUCGAGUCUCGAAUGGACGACCUCGACGACUUCGAUAUGGAUCGUGUGCUUGAGACCCAAGCAGAGGAUCAAUUAGAGAAAGACGCCAUUGCAGAGAUCGAUAGAUACAGAAGAAUGGACGAAUGGUCCAGUUCUUUCCAGAACAUCUAUUCUUGCGCCGCAUUACGUUGUCAGAUGCAACUUAUGAAAGCCAACAUAUCGAGUCUCGAUAUGAUGCAGUUCUUGCCAUACACACGAGCUGGCACUUAUGACCUUCUCCGCCUCGCCGCAUUCGAAUGUCUUGUCGAACUCGAUCUAUUCCGGAGCCCCGAACUUCUGCGGUGGUUCAUAUUUACCAUGUCAAGCGAUUCUUCCGCUUUGAUCAGGCGACGACUCCAUGGCUUAUUCGGCAAAGCCCUGGCGCCUGUCGCCUUCGGCCGCGAUGUGAACCAAGAACAACCCGCCAAUGCCGACAACUUGAUUAUCGAGCAAGAGUCCUCAACUGAAGUCCGCCAAGCGGAUCUUGCACGGAGACAGACUGUUACCGGAGCCUUGGGGGCCUUGAAAAACGAAGUAUCAGGCGAUCAGGUUCUGAAAGAAUCGCUCUGGGCUGCAUGCAAUUCUCCAUACAUUGGGGUACUGGAACUCUCCGAGUUUACUGAUCUCUGUCGAGUCUUAUAUGACGCUGUCACGACCCGUAUGGUUACCUUGAAGUAUCCUCGUUACUGGGCUGUGAAGCAUCUUGGAAGAGGUCGAUUACACUUCUUCCGGUCGAGCAAAAUCCGGACGGCGCUUGCUCCAUCGAAAGAACCUACUGCUGCCAAGCGCAAGCGCGAAGACCAGGCGAUGGCACCGCCUCCCCCUCGCAUUACAUUCAAGAGCUCUAAGUUGGGUUCUAGUGCAGCCCCCUUCAGCCCGAAACCGAGCCCGAAACCGAGCCCGAAACCGAGCCCGCAACCGACGCCAAAGUUGCACAUUCCAAAUUUACCCUCCCCUGCGCCCCAGGCGCCGGCACCGAAGACAGCAACUGCUCCCUCAACACCAUCUACGCCCAGUGGUGGGGGGUUCAAACUGAAACUGAAGUUCGGCCAGAAGCCGAAAUAG